AUGUCUAAGGAGGAAAAGAGAGCUAAAUUUUUAAGCGUUUUCCCGACCCUUGUCGAAGAGUUAAAGUCGGUUUUAACUGGUUAUGGUAUGGCUAAAGAUGCUGUGCAAUGGUACGAGAAAUCGCUGGAUUAUAACACCCCAGGUGGCAAACUGAACCGUGGUCUAUCUGUUGUGGACACGUAUGCGGUGUUGAAAGGAGCUGAAUCUCCUCUAAGCCUUCCAGAGAAGGAGUACUUCAAGUUGGCUCUUUUAGGAUGGUGUAUCGAGCUUUUGCAAGCGUACUUUUUGGUCGCUGACGAUAUGAUGGACAAGUCGAUCACCAGAAGAGGACAACCUUGUUGGUAUAGGGUGGAUGGUGUCGGUGAGAUUGCCAUCAAUGACGCGUUCAUGCUGGAGGGUGCGAUCUACGUGUUAUUGAAAAAACAUUUCAGAGACGAUUCUUAUUACGUUGACCUUUUGGAACUGUUCCACGACGUUACGUUCCAAACGGAAUUGGGUCAAUUGCUUGACCUGAUCACGGCUCCCGAAGACAACGUCGACCUGAGCAAGUUCACUCUCGACAAGCACUCUUUUAUCGUUCGUUUCAAGACCGCUUACUAUUCUUUCUACUUACCAGUUGCGCUCGCCAUGUAUGCGGCGGGCGUCAGUGAUGCAGAGGACUUGAAACAGGCACAUGACGUUUUGAUCCCGCUCGGUGAGUAUUUCCAGAUCCAAGACGACUAUUUGGACUGCUUCGGGAAGCCCGAGGAUAUUGGCAAAAUCGGUACCGAUAUCCAAGACAACAAAUGCUCGUGGGUUAUCAAUACUGCUCUCAAAAUUUGUUCCCCAGAGCAACGUAAGACGCUGGAUGAGCACUACGGUAGAAAGAACGCCGAAAGCGAACAAUACUGUAAACAAAUUUUCCAUGACUUAAAGAUUGACCAAAUUUACCACGAGUACGAAGAAAAAAUCGCUACCGAAUUGAAAGCGAAGAUUGGCAAAAUCGACGAAUCUCGCGGUUUCAAGAGCCAGGUUUUAACCGAUUUUCUGGGAAAGAUCUACAAGAGACAAAAAUAA